UCCGCGGCUCCCUUCGACUCCAGCGAUCAUGGAUUGAAAGCCACUGACGGAUCGAGCGAGAAGUCCGAGCAAGCUCAGAGCCCCUUCGUCAAACGCGUCCUCAAAUUAACGCGAGCUCUGCGAGCCAUCAUAACACUUGAUCCGGAAGUCGAAGAGGAAAUGCGGAGCGCCGCUGCAGCGCGAGCGGCUUUGAGCGCACAACAAGCACCCAUCCAAAGACUCGGCGACCAAAAGCCGCGAGAUACAUGGUUCGGCCUCCUACCACAAAUCUCUGCUUCUGGUUCAUCGUGGUUCCCGAUUGCGACGAGCUUCCGACAAGACAAAGAUGGCGGAUCAUCACUGCUCCUGCUGCCCAUCAAUCCCGUGAAGGAGCAACUUCCGCCUUCAUCCUCGAAAGAUGCUUUCAGGAGCAAUGAAAUGCCCAAUCCAGAUGCUACAUCUUGGUUCGGUGUACCGGAGGAGGCGCUUAUCGAGAACCGAAGAAGCGAACCACCUCGUUCCGCGGAGAGAUGGACCGCCUUCCACGACGCGGGAGAAAGUGACAUGACUUUUGGGGAUUUCGGCACGCAACUGAACGUGGCGCCGGCUCCCCGCUCAUUCGAAGGCCUUCAAAAUCAGGGAAUGGACGCUCUGCAGAAUUCGGAGAUGACGAGAUAUGGCAAGCCCAUCAAGAGCAACUCGUGGUCGAAGAAAACCUUCAAAAAGUCCCCGAUGAAGAACAAAUGGUCUAGAGAUCACUCGAGAGCCCAGCCACAGAACGAGGUUCACAACGAAAUCGACCUGGGCGAUAACUUCUUCCACAAAAACGUGCUGCCUACUCCAAAUAAUUUCCAGCCUUUCUGA